AUAAUUAGUGCCAGCUCCCGGCAGGUUGGGCAAUGACCGUUGGAGGGGGGAGUUUGUCUCUGAUUGUGGCCAUCCAUAAUCUAUGUGGCCAGAAAAGUUGUUUGAGAAACUCACUGCCUGUUGAAGACCUGGAACUGACGAAACGACGGUUUGGGCGCGCGUUUUGGGUGGUUAUGAAUAUUUCGUGGGCUAUCAGCGGAACAGAGUGUGAGCUCCAGAAACCGAACAUGACUGAAAAUGGACUUGGGAACCGGGUGCUUAACAUGGACACCAUGAACCCGAAUGUAAAGCGGGUUGAGUAUGCUGUCCGUGGUCCAAUCGUGCAACGCGCAUUGCAGAUUGAAAAGGAGCUCAAACAGGGGGUUGAGAAGCCUUUUACAGAGGUCAUCAAGGCCAACAUUGGUGAUGCGCAUGCUAUGGGCCAGAAACCAAUCACAUUUCUCCGACAGGUUGUAGCGCUCUGCGCCUACCCAGAUCUCCUAGAAGACGACAAGUUUCCAGAGGACGCUAAAAAUAGAGCACGGCGCAUCCUUCAGGCCUGUGGAGGGGGAAGUAUAGGUGCAUACAGUGCUAGUCCAGGCAUUGAGAUCAUACGACAGGAUGUGGCUAAAUAUAUUGAGAAGCGGGACGGUGGCAUCCCCAGUGACCCCGACAGCAUCUACCUCUCCACCGGGGCCAGUGAUGCCAUAGUGACCAUGCUAAAGUUGUUGACGUCGGGCGAGGGGAAGAACCGUACAGGGGUGAUGAUCUCCAUCCCUCAGUACCCCCUCUACUCUGCUGCUCUGGCUGAGCUGGCGGCUGUCCAGAUCAGCUACUACCUGGACGAGGACAAGUGCUGGAGCCUGGACGUCAAUGAGCUGAGGAGGGCUGUGAAGGCAGCCAGGGAGCACUGUAACCCCCGCGCCCUCUGCAUUAUCAACCCUGGCAACCCCACAGGUCAGGUCCAGAGCAGGCAGUGCAUUGAAGAUGUGAUCCGAUUCGCUGCUGAGGAGCACCUUUUCCUGAUGGCUGAUGAGGUGUACCAGGAUAAUGUGUAUGCGGAGGGUUGCCAGUUCCACUCCUUUAAGAAGGUUCUGUUUGAGAUGGGACCAGAGUACUCCAGUGUUGUGGAGCUGGUCUCUUUCCACUCCACCUCCAAAUGCUUCAUGGGAGAGUGUGGUUUCAGAGGAGGGUACAUGGAGGUGGUUAACAUGGACCCUGAGGUGAAGUUGCAGCUGACUAAACUGGUGUCUGUGCGGCUGUGCCCCCCCAUCCCUGGGCAGGCCCUACUGGACCUGGUGGUCAAUCCCCCUCAGCCUGACGAGCCUUCCUAUGCCACCUUCAUCAAGGAGCGUACUGCCAACCUGGAUAUCCUGGCUGAGAAGGCCAAGAUGACAGAGCAGGUCCUCAACACGGUCCCAGGGAUCCACUGUAACCCUGUCCAGGGAGCCAUGUACACCUUCCCCCGCCUAUCACUGCCAGAGAAAGCCAUCAACGCGGCAAAGGAGAAAGGCCAGGCUCCAGACAUGUUCUACUGUAUGAAGCUGCUGGAGGAGACUGGUAUCUGCCUGGUUCCAGGUAGUGGCUUCGGACAGAGAGAUGGAACCUACCAUUUCAGGAUGACCAUCUUACCUGCAACUGAAAAGCUGAAGGUUGUAUUGGAAAAGAUCAGGGAGUUUCAUAAGCGGUUCACAGAGGAGUUCUCAUAACCCCACUCCUCUUCCCAGUCUGGUCUAUAACAAAACCCCACUCCUCUUCCCAGUCUGGUCUAUAACAAAACCCCACUCCUCUUCCCAGUCUGGUCUGUAACAAAACCCCACUCCUCUUCCCAGUCCGGUCUAUAACAAAACCCCACUCCUCUUCCCAGUCUGGUCUGUAACAAAACCCCACUGCUCUUCCCAGUCCGGUCUUUAACAAAACCCCACUCCUCUUCCCAGUCCGGUCUUUAACAAAACCCCACUCCUCUUCCCAGUCCGGUCUGUAACAAAACCCCACCCCUCUUCCCAGUCCGGUCUGUAACAAAACCCCACCCCUCUUCCCAGUCUGGUCUGUAACAAAACAUUUACAUUUAAGUCAUUUAGCAGACGCUCUUAUCCAGAGCGACUUAAAAAUUCCCACCCCUCUUCCCAGUCUGGUCUUUAACAAAACUCCACCCCUCUUCCCAGUCCGGUCUGUAACAAAACCCCACCCCUCUUCCCAGUCCGGUCUGUAACAAAACCCCACCCCUCUUCCCAGUCCGGUCUGUAACAAAACCCCACCCCUCUUCCCAGUCCGGUCUGUAACAAAACCCCACCCCUCUUCCCAGUCCGGUCUGUAACAAAACCCCACCCCUCUUCCCAGUCCGGUCUGUAACAAAACCCCACCCCUCUUCCCAGUCCGGUCUGUAACAAAACCCCACCCAUCUUCCCAGUCCGGUCUGUAACAAAACCCCACCCCUAUUCCCAGUCUGGUCCAGUAUGUAACAAGACCCCACCCAUCUUCCCAGUCCUGUCCAGUCUGUAACAAAACCCCACCCAUCUUCCCAGUCCUGUCCAGUCUGUAACAAAACCCAACCCCUCUUCCCAGUCUGGUCUGUAACAAGACCCCACCCGUCCUCCUCAGAAACUGGUUGGAGAGAUGGUGAAAAUAUCUAACUGAAAGAGUGCCAGUGUGUUACCAACACACCCCCUGUUCGAGACUCUCCCCUCUAGUGUCCUAGACUUGACAUUAAAAGAGGAGCAGUGUGUUAAGAAACUGCACUUUUUAACAUGGUACCUGGCAUGCUGUUCUGUUUCAGCUAAUUGUUUAAAUUGUGUGUCAGACAGCAUCUACACAGUGUUCAUAUGUGAUAAUGUUUUAGUCAUUUUCAGUUCAUGACUACUGACAAAUGAUUGUGUCAGUUGAGGGUUUUGAGGGUUUUAAUUGUUUUGUCUAUCUAGUUUUACAGGUUAUACAGCUACAUUAUGAUCAGUCGUACUAUAAUCAGUAAAUAGUUGGCAGAGGUGUGAUUUUAUUGCAUGCCAGAGGGAGUGCAAUGGCUGUUGCGUUGAAAAGGAUACUGUGAACUACUGUGUGUACGAUGAACAGUCUGAAUGUAGUUACAGUAUUUAAUAACCAUGUUGAUUUUUAUCUUGAAUUGUAAAAAUAUAAAUGAAAGUGUAAUUUCUA